AUUAUCCAAACAAGUCAUGGCAGAGGAAGGAGGCAAGGUAGCCGCGAAAGCUCCACUGACAGCGGCAGAAAAACAGCUUCUCCGGCGCCGACAGGAGCUCGACUACUGGAAGAAGAAUGCGGAGCGGAUCCGCGGCCGGAACCUGAUGACCGGCCUCGCCAUCGGUGCGUUCGUGGUCGGCAUGUUUAGCUACACCAUCCUGUCCGUCAAACAGGAGAGAAUCAUGGAUGAGCUGGAUGAUGAAGCCAAGAUCCACAUCAUCAGAGGGCCGCGGACCGGCGCCAACUCCUGAUGACACUGACCCGGAACUGUCCUGGACUUUCUGUCCCCUCUCCACAGGACACUGUACGAGGACAUCAGCUCUGCUGAGCAUCUCACGCCCAAGACACGUACAUAGCACCUGCCUCUCCAAUAAGGACAUUACACAUUUUUCCAUUGUUUCUCUUUUGUUUGGAAAUACAUAAAAUCUGCUGUUGAAGUUGUUAAUUACAUUCAUUAAAUCUUCUUUUUGGCCUAAACCAAACAAAAUUUAAAACUUUCACAGCCAUUCUCAGUCCCAAACGAAUCAGGAAAUAGACGCUUGACCAUUUUCUUCGCUUUGCACAGUUUGUUAUUAUAAAGUAUGGUAUUGUUUGAUAUGUGUAUCAGUUAAUGUUAAUAAACAUUUAUUUUC